AUGUUAAACUUUUGUAAUCCAAUAGUGAAAGCUUUCGGUUCCUACAAAGACAGAUACAAUAUUCAACAACCAGAAGACAAUGUCAAGUUAGUUCUCAUUGCUAACAGGAAUAAAGAUGCUAGAACACAUAACAUGCCAACUUCCACAGAAGUCGCAGCCUUGAUUCCUGGGGAUUUUCAAGAAGGAAUGGAUAUACGAGAUAUUGUAUUAGAGACUAAACACGGAAACCUCAGAAGAAUUAGUGAACUAUAUGUGGGUUAUCUAGCUCUUCAGUAUCCAUUAUUAUUUCCAUAUGGUGAGGAUGGAUUCACUGUUGGUAUUGAAGACGGUUUUGAUGAUGGCAACAAAUGGAAACGGAAAACUAUAAGCAUGCGAGAAUUCUAUGCUUAUAGAAUUCAAGAUAGGUUAAUGGAAUCUCAGUCAGUCAUUCGGUCUAAACGAUUGUAUCAGCAGUUUCUGGUUGAUGUGUUUACUAUGAUAGAGUCUAGCCGACUUCGAUAUUUCAGGAACAAUCAGAAGAAGCUUCGUUCAGACAAGUAUAUGAAUCUGGUUGAGGCUGAAAAGGAAGGAACCUCUGAUUUAUCCAACAGAGGUAAGAGGAUUUUGAUACCUGCAUCAUUUACCGGUGGUUCACGCUAUAUGAACAAUAACUAUUUGGAUGCAAUGGCCAUUUGUAAGCACUUUGGAUUUCCUGAUCUUUUUAUAACUUUCACCUGCAAUCCAAACUGGCCUGAAAUAAUUAGAUAUACAAAGAAGCGAAAUUUGAAUCCUGAAGAUAGACCAGAUAUCUUCUGCAGGAUAUUCAAAAUUAAGCUAGACAGCCUCAUGAGUGAUCUCACUGAAAAGAACAUUUUCGGAAAAAGUAAAAGAGGACUUCCACAUGCACAUAUUCUACUAUGGAAGGCCGAAAAAAGCAACUUGUCUACUGCUGAAUCUAUUGAUAAAGUUAUUUCUGCUGAGAUUCCUGACAAAGAUACUGAUCCGGUUUUGUAUGAAGUAGUGAAGCAAAACAUGAUAUAUGGACCUUGCGGAGUGAUUAACAAAAGUAGUCCAUGUAUGGUAAAUGGGAAGUGUUCUAAGCAGUUUCCAAAGAAAUAUUGUGAAAGAACUACCAUAGACAAUAGAGGGUUUCCACAUUAUAUGAGAAGGAAGACUGAAGCAUUUGUUGAGAAGAAUGGACUACAAAUUGACAACAAUUUUGUUGUGCCUUAUAAUAGAGAGCUAUCGUUGCGAUAUAGAGCUCACAUCAAUGUUGAAUGGUGUACUCAGGCAAGGUCAAUCAAAUACUUUUUCAAAUAUAUCAACAAAGGACCUGAUCGUGUUCUAGCUACUAUUGACCAUGAUGUAAAUCAAGGUGCAGAAUCUAUAGCAUGCGCAAAUGUAGAUGAAAACGGCGAGGAUAAUACUGAUGAAAUUAAGGAGUACUUCGAUUGCAGAUAUGUUUCUGCAUGCGAAGCUACAUGGCGUUUGCUAGCAUUUCUAAUCCAUUUUAGGACGACUCCAGUGGAGAAACUAUAUUUUCAUCUUGAAAACGAGCAAUCAGUACUUUUUGAUGAUGAUGAUCCAGUUGAAACUGUUCUAAAUCGCAGAUCCAAAGAAUAUGGCGAGCAACACCCCGACGAUAACAACAACAACACCGGUAACAGCGCGGAGAAGGACGCUCCGGCAUCGGGCACAACGACGGCAACGAUCGAAACACAAGAGGAGAUGCGAAACAUGAUGGCUGCGUUGAUGAAGAAAAUCGACGAACAGGAUAAAAGAAACGAGGCGAUUACGGAGAGGCUCGACGCGAUGGCGGCUGAGCGACUACACCCAACUUGGAGAGCCGGGAUCCCCGACCCGAUGGAUGGAAUCCAGAGACGCUUCGAUUUCACGACACCUGCAGAGCCUUAG